GCAAAUAUCCAUCGUCUUCUUCACGUGUUUUUAAAUAUGGCGAAAGUGACGGGAGAGCAAGCGGUUCACAAACCGGGACCUUUGAAGCAGUCUAACAAAGCACACAAGCAUGGACGUCACCGGACAAAAAGCCAGUUAGAUAAUGCAAACAGAGGCCGUGUCAGUGUCAAAGUUGUGUCAAAGAAAUCUAAAAGCCUGGGACGCCUCCAGAAACGGCUGCAGGCCAAGCAAAGACGGAAAAGUAAACUGGACGAAAUUUUAGAAAAGAAGAGAGGAAAUAUUGGCAAAGAGGAAAUGCCACCACACGUGGUAGCAGUUGUUCCUCUUGAUUUGGCUUGUAGUGUGGAGGCAGCUAUUAAUCUUUUAUCUGGAAGUGAUGAUUCAGUUGUAAGGACAGAUAAUUCGCAUUCAACAACUUUGACAUCAAUCAAACAUCGACAGAGACUUACACUUCUAUCCCCAAACAUAGACGAUCUCGAUUCUGUGUUAAACAGUGGAAAAGUUGCCAACACAAUUGUGUUUCUAUCUUCUGCACAAGGAAGUUUCCACGCACAUUCUGAACAGAUAAUGACUUGCCUCCUUGCACAAGGUCUGCCAAGUACUGUCCAUGUAAUUCAAGGACUUAAAAGUGUAUCUGAAAAGAAAAGGUCUGAUGCAAAAAAGCACAUAGCAAAAUCCCUUGAGACCUGGUUUCCUGAUGAAAAGCUAUAUGCACUUGAUUCAGAAAUGGAAGCUUCAAUUUUGCUGAGACAUAUUGCAAAUCAGAAACAACGACCAGUAUUUUAUAGAGACUGCCGACCAUUUUUGUUGGCUGAAAAGGUUGAAUUUGCAACUCACCAAAAUGAAGAUGGUCAACAAAGUCCUUUAGGAACACUCAAAGUGACUGGAUAUAUAAGAGGCCAUCAACUUGAUGUGAAUAAACUGAUCCAUAUACCAGGUUUUGGAGAUUUUCAGAUGCUUCAGAUAGAAGCACCAGUUGAUCCACACUCCCUUAAGCUUUUAAAAAGAAGGCAACAAAAGGAUGGGAAUGAUGGCAUGCCAAUUGAUGGUGAAACAGGAGAGCUAAUGGAAGAAGAUGUCAAGCUAAUUGGCAAAGCAAAUCCUGCUUUGCAAGUUACACUUGAAUCAGAGGUGAUCCCUGACCCAAUGGAUGGAGAGCAGGCAAUGCUUGAUGAUGAUUUAGCGUUAGUACAAGAAGAGAAACUUUCUAGCCAGGGAUCAAAAACUUCUAAAGGAAAAAGUAGGAAGAGAGUUCCAAAAGGUACCUCUGACUAUCAAGCAGCAUGGAUCGUUGAAAGUGGUGAUGAAUUUGAUGGCAGUGAUGAUGAUGAUGAUGAUGCUCAUGAUGACUUUGACAGUGAUGACGAAGAGCAUAAGAAAAUGAUGGACAGUGAAGAAGAAAGUGAGGAUGAAGAAGACAUCGACAAUUCUGAUGCUGUGUCUGUCUCUACAAAUAUCCCAGAUUCUAAGUAUGACCAAGAAAUGGAUCUUGAAGAAGAACGAAGGCAGCUUGAGAUUUACAGAGCAGAAAGAGAAAAUGAAAUGUUUCCAGAUGAAAUGGACACACCAUUGGAUAUCCCUGCUAGGGUACGCUUUCAAAGGUACAGAGGCCUAAAGAGUUUUCGCUCAUCACCAUGGGAUUCAAAAGAAAAUCUGCCUUAUGACUAUGCAAGGAUCUUUCAGUUCCAAAACUUCCUGAGAAUGAAAAAGAGAGUCAUGAAUGAAGAGGUUGAUGGGGCAUUGCCUGGUUGGUAUGUAACAGUUCAUAUAGCAAAUGUCCCAAAAGAUGUCAUUGAGCACGCAAAAGGAACUUUUGUUAUCUUUGGACUGCUACCUCAUGAGCACAAGAUGACAGUUAUGCAUUAUGUAAUAAAAAAGCAUCACUCAUACACAGAGCCUGUUAAAGCCAAGGAUCAUUUGGUUUUUCAUGUUGGCUAUAGAAAAUUUUGGAAUCAACCAAUAUUUUCACAGCACACUACUGGAAACAAGUUCAAGUACGAACGAUUUCUGCCAAAGGAAGGUGUUGCAGUAGCCUCAGUAUAUGCUCCAGUGAUGUUCCCACCGGCUCCAGUACUUGUCUUUUCACAAGAUGGUAACCUUGUAGCGACAGGUUCAGUUUACAAAUCAAAUCCUGACAGAAUUAUUUUGAAGAAAAUUGUUCUUAGUGGCCACCCAUACAAAAUCAACAAGAGGUCAGUUGUUGUUCGCCACAUGUUUUUUAACCGUGAAGACAUUUUUUGGUUUAAACCUGUUGAGUUAAGAACAAAAUAUGGAAGACAUGGUCACAUCAAGGAAGCUCUUGGGACACAUGGUCACAUGAAGUGCUCUUUUGAUGGACAGCUUAAACAACAUGAUACAAUCUGUUUGAGUUUGUAUAAAAGGGUCUUUCCUAAAUGGUCUUAUAAUUCAAAUGUGAUUUCUUUAGACAUUACAAAAAGUAGACCACAAGAUGAAGAUGAUUUCAGUAUGAUAUGAACAAGCAUAUUUGCAAUGAGAGAAUUUCUGAAGGCAAUUUUGGUUUCUUUGGUGUUAUCAUCUUUUGCUUGUGCUAUGGUCAUUUCAAGAUAGUGAGUUUGGGAAAAAGCUUGCUACAAUGUAGUUCUUUAUUUAACACAAGGCAAGUCAAGGUUAAUUCUUAAAAAAAGGAAAUGUAAAUUCCAAUAUUAUUUCAUCUGCAGUACCUUUUCAGUUAAUGGGACGAUAUAUAUUAUGCUAGUUGGA